UCAGACAGCUGAGUGAAAUUGCAACAAAUGUUACCAGGGAGAAAGAUACUUCAUCCCCCCCCCCCAAGGAUUUAUCUUUAUAGGGGGGUGGGUGGGUAAUUAUUUAUGCUGAGGUGGGGUAGGGUUUUUAUUUGCAAUUUGCUUUUUGCAUUUUUCCUUGCAUGGACCACCUUAAACGCCUGCAGUGUGACUCAGCUCCCCACCCUCAGAGGGAGCCAGCACCAGGGUGGGGAAGCGCUUUGCAGACAUUGAGUGUGCACUGUCGCCAUUGCUCGCUGCCGCUGCAGUUUGUAGUAAUUUGCUUUUUUGGGGAGGUGGGGGUGGUGGUAAGAGGUGGUGGAGCCAGGCAGUUGUGUAGGGAGGUUUUUUUUUAAAGGGGAGGGGGGGUGUUUAAUUUGUCCUGGAACCCCCUUCCCCCACCCCACAGCAGUUCACCCAUAAAGAGCGAAUCCCCCACCCACACCGCCUUGUCCUGUACUCCGUGCCCCAGGCUCGGGAACACUGCAGCCGGCCCCGGAGUCCCCACUCUGAAGCCGAGAGUCGCAAAGCAGCGCCUUGUCUGUCCGUCCACCAGCUCCUAAUCCAGGGUCUUUGAGGUCAAGAAAGCGGGCUAUGACGACCUCUCAGCCCUCCACCCUGGGCGAGCUGCAGCUCUACAGGGUCCUCCAGCGAGCGAACCUUCUCAUCUACUACGACGCCUUCAUCCAGCAGGGCGGAGACGACGUCCAGCAACUGUGCGACGCCGCGGAGGAGGAGUUUCUGGAGAUCAUGGCUCUGGUGGGCAUGUCAAGUAAGCCCCUUCAUGUCCGCCGCCUACAGAAGGCCCUGCAGGAGUGGAUCACCAACCCCACCGCCUUCAAUCAGCCCCUCACCAAGCUCCCGGCCAGCAGCAUUCCCAUUGCCAAGAUCUCAGAACUCAACACCAGCAGCCCCAACUCAGCCGGCACUGCCCAGGGCCUGGUCUCCGGGCAGGAGGUGGCCAACAAUCAUGCCGUGUCACGGGAGACGUCGUCUCAGACCUCAUCUCAGGCGGAGGCGGUGGCAGCUGGGGGCGUGCACCCGCUGCCCAGCAUUUCCCACGUGAUGACGAUGCCUAAAGAGGAGCCCCACUCCCCGCCUAAGGAUGGUGGCCCCUCGCUGCCCCUGACCCCAGACGUGGUGCAGAUCAUCGCGGCGUGCGCGGAGCGGCUCAUCCACACCGUGCCCAGGAUGGAGCCCAAGGAGCUGGAGUGCGUCUUCAUCAGCAACAAAAAGAUGGCCAAGUCGCUGGGCCACAUCUUCGAGAUGAGCGAGCAGGAUCCCCAGAGGGAGGAAGAGAUCCGCAAAUUCAGCGCCAUAUAUGGGCGGUUCGACUCCAAACGCAAGGAUGGGAAGAAUCUGACGUUGCACGAGGUGAUGGUCAAUGAAGCAGCUGCCCAGCUCUGCCUGAUCGACACCACCCUGCUUGCCAGGCGCGAUGAGCUUUUCCCCCUCGCCCGACAAGUGGUCCGAGACUCCGGGUACAAAUACAGUCACAGGUAUUCCAGAUCCAAGUUUGCAGAUGCACCGAUACCAAAAAGGCCAAGGCUGGAUCCCAACGGACAAUACCUGCGUGACGAGGUGCACACGCGCACUGUACAAGCGGAACUGAUGAAGCUGAAGAGACAGGAACGAUUGCUGGAGAUUCAGGCCAUACUGGCUGGUAUUUACCAGAAACAGGAAACCCUAAAAUCCAGGAUUAUCCAGGAGGAGCUUAGUCACAAUGUGGCUGAGGUCCAUGAAUUACAGCUAGAACUGGAGAAGGUCACCACAGAACAGCUCUCGCUGAUGCAGGAACAAAACGACCUCAUCAAGAAGCAGAAACGUAGCGAUAAAUAUUUCUCGGCCAAGGCUCGUAGCCUGUCCCUGCUGGGGAUGCAGCCUGUGGAAGAGGAGGAUGGCGGGAUGUCAGAAGGAAGUGGCGAUGAUGCGUCUGAGGAUAUGACUUCAAACUCCAGUCUCGCGCCAUCUCCGUGCCCCUCCGACAUUCCCAGUACGUUCAGACCCUGCCAGAGCAAAACGAAGCAGAUGAUUCAGUUGGCACUGAUUGAUGAGGGGCUCCGGGUGGCACAGCAACAUGCCUCGCCCAGUACUGAGGAGGGAGAGAGGAUCAGCCCCAGAAUCAAACAGGAGGCUUUUUCUGAAGAUGAAGAGAAUUACAAGGAAGAUUCUGAUGUUACAUCAAAUCGCAACUCAUGAACUUUCAUUUAGUGACUAGACAUUUUUAAAGGCGUAAUGGAUUAGGUUUCUUUUUUAAUUCAUUCAGGUACAAAAGUAUUUAUUCAUUUUUUUUCUAAUUAAUAAACGUCUUUUUUUAUUGUGUAACUUUGAGUGUCUUUUUGGAGUAUUUUGAAAUUAUUUCUGUAUAUACGUUUGCUAAAUCAGCAACCAAACAGUUAGAAACAGUUCCUUUUUUUUAAUUACAGAUUCAGGAAUUACAGUAUUGU